AUGGGGAAGCUACAGAGCAAGGCCAGACGCAGCACAUCCAUGUACAGGGCGGUUUCGGCUGUGGAGGAAAGCGCCCCUGGCCAGAAGGUGGUGCGCUACAGCGCCGCUCACAGCGAUGCUGUGACCUCUGUAGCCACCCUGAACUCUGAGCUGUGCGUGUCCGGAGGAUUGGAUAAGACAGUGGUGGUCUAUAACUGGAAAUCCGGCUGUCUGCAGCAAACCUUUCAGGGUCACACUCGAGACGUAACCAAGGUAGCGUGCAGCUGUAACUCCAGAGCGCUGUUCAGUGCCUCCCGGGAUAAGACAGCCCUGAUGUGGACUCUGGACAGUGAUGCCACACCAGUACAGAGAUUCAGCGGCCACGACCUGGUGGUGAACGGACUCGCAGUCAGUCCAGAUGGGUCCCUGCUCUGCACAGGUUCCCGGGACAACUCCCUGUGUCUUUGGGACGUGGAGACCGGAGAGUGUCUGCAGAAAACCUCCAUCUCCAGGAACCUGGUCACACACCUGUGCUGGAUACCUGAGGACAGGUGCAUCGUCCAGACAUCGGAAGAUAAAAUGAUCAGAAUUUGGGACAGUCGGGAUCUCCAGGUUGCGCACACCUUUCCUCCUAAGAAUUACAUCCAGAUGCACUGUGACGUGAGCCAGGACGGGCACUACUGCCUGACCAGCAGCAAUGGCUUCGGGGGCCAGGGCUGCGAGGCCACGCUCUGGGACCUGCGUCAGACUGGCAGGAUGGUGUGCGAAUAUCGGGGUCACCAGCAGAGCACGGCCUGCUGCCUCUUCCUGCCCUCCACCCUCACCGCACCCCCCCUGAUCGGCACCUCCUCCCACGACUGCCGUGUGAAGAUCUGGAACCGGGAUACUGCAGCCUGCUUGGCGACGCUAUCCCUAGACGGCUCGGGGCCCCUAUCCUCUCUAGCAGCCGGAGACGCCUCCAGCCUGCUCUGUGCCAGUUUCAACACCGGGAUCCACCUGCUCAGGGUAACAAGCUCCGGGGGGCUGGAGCUGAGGGAGGUGGCUGGAUUCUGAGGGACAGCCUGUGUCCCGGGGGGAGGAGGACAGAGGCACGGCUACAGCAGAACCUCAGGGACUCUCAAACAUCCAUCGGGACUGCAGAUGAUUAGUGUGAGCAAGGCAUAGCUUCAUCUACCAGCAUUUGGGAUGGAGAUGCAGUCAAGUGCUCCAGCUGUAGGGGGCGCUUCUGGUAAAGCCACUUCAGGACAACACCUUACCUCAGGGUUAAAAGGACUGUGAUCAUGAACUUUGGAAAAUAGAUGCCAAAAAUAAUCUUUGUUUUAAAACUAGCUAUUCACUUCCCUUGAUCCUGAAUCUCCCUGCGGUCACAGUGGGUGUUGUUUCCUGUCCAGUAUACAAAUACAUUCCUAGUUUAUCUGACUGCAUCUAUUAAAUGUGAAACUAACAAAGGAGAAUAAAAAAAAACAAUCUGGUUUGCUAUGAGAGAAGCUGUAACAGAAACUCUUAAUGGAAGAGCGAUCCAUUCUUGUAAAAUGAAAACACACCAGUAAGAAACUUGACAGUCCUUAAAUAAACCUUCCCAGCUGUUUUCCCAGGAGUUUUGUAACACUGCCAGUUUCCCUAACGGUGCGAGUGCUGAACUAGCAGUCUGUGUUCAGUACGGAUCUUGGUAUUAGCUGUUUGGAAACAUAAGAACAUAAGAACAUAAGAAAGUUUACAAACGAGAGGAGGCCAUUCGGCCCAUCUUGCUCGUUUGGUUGUUAGUAGCUUAUUGAUCCCAAAAUCUCAUCAAGCAGCUUCUUGAAGGAUCCCUACGACCCCUGAACAAAGUAGGACAGCGCGGUGCUCAGGCUAGUUGUAAAAAUACACGAUGAAUAAAGAAGGACACUGAAAAAGAAGGAAGACAGCUGGUAAUGUUCAAAAGGAAAUGAUGCAGGAAUAGAGCUCUGUUUUACUGAUCUAAACUGCAGCUGAUUUCAGAAUACAAUCACCCCUUCACUUGUGUUCUCGCUGGGGUUCAGCCUCAGGGAUCAUUCGGAAGCCUCUUUGUUAUUAUCACUGAUAGUAGUUGUAGCAGAGUGGCGUUAAAAUCCAUCACGCUUUAGAGCAAGAGAAUAGUCAUCGUAACCUUGAAUCAACGCAAGAAUGCAGUUUGCCAGCUGGUCUAUUUCCUUUACUGUGCCGUACCGCCACUUCUCUCCUGGCCAGUGCUUUUGGAAUUUGCUGCUGAGAAUGAAUGUGUGAUAGAUGAUUGAAAUGAGAA